UUCUUUUUUCAUCUAUUUUAUAUUUGUCACUUUUGAUAAAGAUUUUAUAUGACAGUUUUGAAUUAUUUUGUAAUUUUUGAGAAUAUAUUGCAUUUGCACUUUAAGCUCUGUUAAAAAAGAAAACGGUGCGGAGUCUAUACAAAAAUGGAUUCCGUAAGAUGCGAGAAAUAUAAGGUUUACCAACCAGAGCUUCCAAGUAAGAAAUUUCCUUCUGACGAAGAUGUUAGUAUUCACAAUAUCAAGGUACUUCGUGGCGAUUCUGGAGACCAGAAUAAAUCCACAUUUUUUGAAGAAGAAAUAAAAAGAAAAUCGGUUCCUGAUUUAGAAGUUAUAGAGGAAGACCAGGAAGAGCUGGGAAAAAAGAUAGCUUUUGGAGUAUUUAGAGAUGGCGUACGACGAAUAGAUAUUGUAUUGGUCUUGAAGGACGAUGUUAAGGCACUUAUUAACAAAAUACAAUUAGAUUUUAUCGUCAAUAUUCUUAAAGUGGGUUUGGAAGUGGAACUAGAACCCGGUGUAUCAAAAAGACACAAAAAUCUCACAUUUGUUAAAAUUCAUGCACCCCUACAUGUUUUAGAAAAAUAUGGAAUGUAUUUUGGGACGAAACGGAACUUUGCUGAUACCAGAUAUGAAUACAUAGGGAGAAACGAAAAAAACAAAGAGAGGCAAUGUUUAAAAUUAAUGCGCGAUGGCUUCCUAAAUGGUUAUUCAAACUAUGAGCGAGGUAUAAUUGUUUAUAAGAUCUUAUUACAUUUGCCCUUCAGUAAUUAUGAGGACGACUAUGGCGUUGAACGCCUAUUACAUAAAUAUAUUGUUGCUGAUAUUUAUGCUCUUCACGAUGGACCAACUUAUUUAACAUCGGAAAAAACAAUCGCGGAUAUAAAUGGGAAGAAGAUAUUAAAUGACUUUUGGAUUGGGAAUCUUAAUAUUUUCCAGCAGCAACCAAUUCACCUUAUACAUGAGUACUUCGGGCCCACGGUAGCCUUUUAUUUUUCCUUUUACGAAUGCUUUAACAAAGCUUUACAAUUAGCUGCCCUUGCUAGUGUCGCCGAUAUUACAUUUGGGUACUUAAAUUUGUCAUCACAUGAAAAACCCAUAGAGAAAGUUAUGUGUGAAUCAAGAGGACAAAUAUGCCAAUCUUGUACAAAUAAUGUCACCUGCCCAGCAAGACCUGCUAAGGAAUAUUGUUUCCCAGUGAAAAUUCAUCUUAUUUUAGAUCACAUGUACGUACCAUUGUUUUCAAUAUUCUUAAUUCUCGGUGCCUUUGUAUUUAUUAGAAUUUGGAAACGGAAAGAGUAUUAUUUAAAAUGGAUGUGGGAAGUUGGUAAGCGUGAUUCGUAUUAUAAAAAAGCUGUUCGUCCAUUAUAUUUCAGUGGCCUCACAAAAACAGACAAUUUCUUGAAAAAAUAUAUCGGAUCCUUAGUUUCAUUAUUUUUUCGUAAUUUUGUAUCAAAAAUAAUAAUCAUAUUAUAUUGGUAUUGCACAUUACCAGUUAUGAUAAACACAUUUGGACUGUAUGAUAAAUUUUGUACAUAUUUAAUUAAAAACAAGAUAUAUAAAGAGAAAGAAAAGUACAGAGAUUAUGUACUGUUGUCAAUUUUUUAUACAUUUUAUAUUAUAUUUAACACUGUUUUAGAGAAGGCGUAUAAUUUCGUUGCUAAUUUCAUAGUCAAAUAUGAAAAUUACAACACCUAUGAGAAGCACUGGGAGUCGUUGAUUAUAAAAAAAAUUGGCUUUAAAUUAGUGAUGCACUACUUAUUUCUUGCUUAUUUUGCCUGGAUCUAUGGCCAUUAUAUGUUUUAUGGAUUUACACAGUUUACAUACAGAUACCUCACGACUAAUAUAGACGACAUGUUAAAAACUCUAUAUGGCUAUAAUGUACACUUUGUAUACAAUAUCUUUACGUUCUGCUUUCCAUAUUCAUGUGUAAUUGAAGUUGGAACUCUACUUGCUACUCUAAUUUUAAUAACCGAAGUUGUUUAUAAAAUAAUCCAAUAUAUUUUUGACUUGAUAUCUAUUUGUUAUUCUAAAUGGAUACAAAGCAGAUCUGAUAUUCCAUUCUGGGAAAAAGAGUACAUGCUGAGAUCAAUCUCUUAUGAAGAUAUGUUUAUGAAGUACAUGGGAUUCGCAAGUCAGUUCGCGAUGGUGCUUUGGUUUGUCAUAGCAUUCCCAUUAGCUCCGUUAGUUAUUUAUUUAAUCAAUAUUAUUGAUAUUAAACUCCAGGCUCGGAAGUUCCUUCAGAUUUCGAGACGGCCACUUUUUUUAAAAACACCAGUAAUUGGGUGGAGCAAAGUUUUUUACUUCAUCGCAUCUUUUUCUGUGAUAACUAACGCUAUUAACAUAGCUAUGAUAACUCGGACAGGAACUCGUUAUGUUAUGACCAAAUACCGCAAAAAACCUGAAGAAUUAUUUAAUUAUGUUAAUUACGAUAAAAAUCCAAAGUUAAAGUGUUAUGCCCCAGAUAUGAGAACGCCGCAUGGGACGAAGGGCAACAAACCAAAUACACCGUACAUGUUUAGUAUAGAUUAUUUAUUGCUUCUCAUGUAUAGAUAUUAUUUCGUUAUGUUAUUCGUGCCCGCGGUAACCAGCGUCAUUUUUUUGAUCCUAUACAUCUUUCCUAAACAACGAGAAGUAAAAGUAGCUAGAAAUAUUGAACAGAAAAUAAGACAGCUUUACAAACACUACGAAUAUAAAAAUGCUAAUUAGGAAUUUCUACCACAGUCUAAUAAAGAUGUUCUUACUUUUUAUAAAACCGUUAUUCUUGUUGCACUCAAUUGUGUCGUUUUAUUUUGUAGAGGAAUAUAUUGUACGU